AAGAGCUUUUUAAAUCUUACACUUUCACUUUGGUCUUGUAAGAAAUAAUUGUGACACUUCAUGCUCGGAAAUGUGUCACAGGAGCCUCUCCUCUCCUCGACACCACGCACUGCGGAAGGGGACUGCUGACGUAGCUCUAGUUUAAAGGACCUGAAAGCCCAGUGACAGCCUGGGAGGGUAUUUUGAAGUUUGAAAUGAUCCCUAUAUAAAUAGAACGGAUCAGCAUAACUUUGGGAUAAAAUUAGCCGGCAGUCUGUGGACUCUGCAGCCUUGCCUGUGUGCUGGGUUCUGCUCUCCUGAUAAAUCAGUGCUCAGCUUCCUCAAGGCGCACAGCAUGGACGGCAGCACUGCCCCUGUCAGCAAGGCUGGAGCUGCCAAGUUAGUUAAGAAAAAUUUCCUGGAGGCUCUAAAGUCAAAUGACUUUGGAAAACUGAAGGCUAUUUUAAUCCAGAGGCAAAUAGAUGUGGACACGGUGUUUGAAGUUGAAGACGAGAACAUGGUUUUGGCAUCUUACAAACAAGGCUAUUGGUUGCCCAGUUACAAGCUGAAAUCCUCCUGGGCAACGGGCCUGCACCUCUCAGUCUUGCUUGGUCACGUGGAGUGCCUGGUGGUGCUGCUGGACCACGAUGCCACCAUCAACUGCCGACCCAACGGGAAGACCCCUCUGCAUGUGGCUUGCGAAAUGGCCAACCUUGACUGCGUGAAGGUUCUCCUCGACCGCGGCGCCAAGCUCAACUGCUACUCCCUGAGCGGACACACCGCUCUGCACUUCUGCACCACGCCGGACUCCAUCCUCUGCGCCAAGCAGUUGGUGUGGCGAGGUGCAAAUGUGAACCUGAAAACCAACAACCAGGAUGAGGAGACCCCUCUGCACACGGCUGCCCACUUCGGCCUCUCUGAGCUGGUGUCCUUCUACAUGGAGCACGGGGCCGUCGUGGAUAGCAUGAACGCCCACAUGGAGACCCCGCUGGCCAUCGCCACCUACUGGGCCCUGCGCUUCAAGGAGCAGGAGUACAGCAGGGAGCACCACCUCAUCUGCCGCAUGCUGCUGGACAACAACGCUGAGGUCAACGCCCGCGACGAUGACUUCAAGUCCCCGCUGCACAAGGCCGCCUGGAAUUGCGACCACGUGCUCAUGCACAUGAUGUUGGAGGCCGGCGCCGAGGCCAACCUCAUGGAUAUCAACGGCUGCGCAGCCAUCCAGUACGUGCUGAAGGUCACCUCCGUGCGCCCCGCGGCCCAGCCCGAGAUCUGUUACCAGCUGCUGCUGAACCACGGGGCGGCGCGCAUCUACCCCCCGCAGUUCCACAAGGUGAUCCAGGCUUGCCACUCUUGUCCCAAAGCGAUUGAAGUGGUGGUCAAUGCCUAUGAGCACAUCAGAUGGAACAUCAAGUGGAGAAGAGCCAUUCCUGAUGAUGACUUGGAGAAACACUGGGAUUUUUACCACUCUCUCUUCAAGGUGUGCUGCAACACCCCCAGGAGCCUCAUGCACCUAUCGAGAUGUGCCAUUCGCAAGGCGUUACACAACAGAUGCCACAAAGCAAUCCCCAAGCUGUCCCUUCCGUUGGCACUGAAGAAGUACUUGCUCUUGGAGCCAGAGGGAAUCAUCUAUUAAGUCUUAGGAGACAACAGUUCUCAAUCCCAGAUAUUUUAGUGGGCUCGCUGGGUAGACAUAGUUUGCAUACACAAUAUAGUACUUGAGUCGAUUACAACACUUUAGGGAUUUCCAAACACUUUACAAAUACCAUGUCAUUAAUCCUAGAGUAGCAUGCUGAGGGAGAACAAGCGAGGGUAGUUAAAGAAUUUUCAAAGACGCGACUGUAUUUAGAAGGUAGACACUAGCAUAGCAGUAAUAGCUCACACGGUGACAGCUUUUAUUAAGUAUCUUUCAAUGAGGUAUUUUGUAAAACUAUCACAUGUGAUUUCAUCUGAAAAGGGACCCACAAUCUCAUUUUCUACAUCAUCAGUAAUAAGUUUACAUUAGUAAUACGUUUUCACUGUAGCAGGUUCUGUGAGCGGGCUCUUGAGCUUGGUAUCUCCCGCCUAUGACUACUGAGCAGACAUUACUAGUUUUAGAAAUGCCUCCUCCCCCAAACCAAGGUCAUCCACUCAUUUAGGUGAUAAAUACACAGGAGUACAGUGGGAACAAGAUCUUUGAGUCUAGAUAGGCAUAAGAAAGAGAAAGCAGGCCACUUGGUAGUCCAGGAAUAGACAUUUCAACACACUCACUGAGCCAGACCCUGGAGACCACAGCUGAGUCAGACAGGACUCCUGUCCUCCAGGGUCACAUGUAUAACAGAGGAUCCAGACAUACAAGCAGGUGACUGCAGUAUGAAGUGACGGGGCGAGAGUACAGGUGCGGACUCAUAUUUAGUGCUUACCUUUCUGAAGCGUGCUUUUGAAGUGUGUGAUUUUUUUUUUUAACCAUGAAGACAGAGCAUGGAGAGUUGUGUAGAGAGACCUGCUACUUUUAGAGUAAAUGUCUUUGAGUUUCUUCAAACAGUCCAGUGUUCUAUUUUGUACGGUUUCCUAUUUAGUACCUUCACAGACUCUAGGGAAAGAUAUUCUACACUCUGGCUGCCAUGUAGAUGAGAAAGAAGUUUAGGCAAAUGGGCAAAAGCAGUUGUGAAGGGAAGAACUCAGUUGAUUUUCUUGUCCUUUUCAUGGAGCACAUUGACAGUUUUUUAGAGCAUUUUAGUUGAUAGAUAAAAAUCCUGCAUUUUUUUUUUCUCCAGUGGCUCCCUUCAGGCUAAAUGAGAGACUUGGAAAUGGUUCAAACUUGAGAAGCAUUAGAAAGAAGUAUGUUGUAAGGCUUAUUUAGUGUUUGCUAGUAGAAUCACGCCGGAUCACGCCGGUAGGACUCCUGGAGAACCUUGCAUUGCUAAUUUGGUUCUCACUAACCACUGUUGGGCUAGCUACUCAGCCUCUGGGCACAGAUAUUGCAGUAGUUAAAGUAGUAUUGAAGUGUAGACAGUGUCCCUGCUGCAGUGGGCAGGCUUCUUUAACUUUCGUGUGGCCUUGCUACUUGUUUGGUGUUGAGUGCUUUCGUGUUUUGUUGUAUAGAGGUGAUGUCAACUAUUCCAGUAGUUUCCCAUUUAGCUGUGUUUGUGAACUGAAACCUAGUAUUGUGUAGGUGGACACGAUCAUGUUUUUGAAGUUUCAACUUAACUGAUUUCAGAAAAGAAUAAUUCUGUAUUAAAACAAGAUCUUUAUCAUGGGACAGAGUGUUGAAUUUGUACAGAUUACCCAGACAGAGUACUGCUUAACUGAGUGUCACAUACAUCUCCGAGCAUUCAAAGGGUUGGGGGCUUCUCUCCACCAUCAGGAACAUUCUGGCAGGAAAGUGUGUGAUAUGAGUUUCAUAACAGGUAAAGAGGGACUGAGAAGCAGCCGAAAUGGUGUUCCUCGUGUAGGGAAAUAGGAAUGUUUAUCACUAUGUUGCUGUGUUGGCGUGUUUGCCUUCGUCUAGCAUAGAUGCUUGCAUGUGGAUUUAAUGUGAUUAUUUCUGUACUUUAACCUUCAAUAAAGCUUAAAUAAAGUC